CUACGGGUACUACCGUGAUUCAGUGACCUGGUUAGCGGCUGAGGUGCAGUGUGAGAAUCACCAUCCCGGGGCCCAUCUGGCCUCCAUCCUCAAUGAUGCAGAAAGGGACGCGUUGGGCCAGUACCUCAGCAAGAUGACCUCCGGGGAUGUCUGGAUCGGACUCCACAACCCCUGCAAGGGCAAGACCUGGCUGUGGUCAGAUGGCUCCCGCUUUCACUACACAACUUGGGUGCCCAAUGAACCAAACAACCUUGGAGGCAAGGAGUACUGUGGUGAGGUGUACGCAUCCACCGGUUAUAAGAACUGGAACGAUAUUCCCUGCGAGAAGAAAAACACCUAUGUUUGCAAGUACACGCCGCAGUGAGAGGAGCUGUUUGCCUGGGCCCGACAGGGAGCUCAGCGCCUGGGCUGCAAGGAACUGGGCCCCUGCGCACGAUCAGGCAACGUCCCAGACUUUCGGCUGCUUUGCUGCAUCAGGGGCCAGUCCUGCCCCUCUCUGAAAGAGCGGCUUUCAGGUCUUCGGCUGCAAACUGCCUCCCCCCAGUGUCUCUGUGCUAGUUACACCCCUGUCCCCUCCCUCUCUCACCCUCUACAGCUGCAGCUGCUACAGCAAUAAACUCUCCUGAGCAUG